GUAUCUGGUAUGGCAUACUCGAGGGAAUAGGAGUUCUAGCUGUAAUCACCAAUGCUUUUGUCAUUGCCAUUACUUCGGACUAUAUCCCACGUUUUGUUUAUGCAUACAAAUAUGGACCUUGUAUCAACGAAGGAUACAGACAGGAAAAUUACACAUUUAAUAGAUGUUUGAAGGGAUAUGUCAACAGUAGCUUAUCAAUAUUUGAUCUCAGUGAACUCGGCAAGGGAUAUUCAGGGUACUGCAGGUAUCAUCUAGUUUUUGGAAUAAAAUCUUUCAUUGCCUACCUGAUUCCAGAUAUGCCCAAAGACUUAUGUGACAGAAUGCGAAGGGAGAAAUACUUAGUUCAGGAAAUGAUGUAUGAGGCUGAGCUGGAGCAUUUGCAAAGAGAGCGAAAAAAGAAUGGUAGGCAGUAUCACCACGAAUGGCCUUAGCUAAUAAGAAAGGAUGAAAUAAACAAGGGGGCAAAAACCAUCAGCAGAAGCAUCAUGACUGAACAUUUCCAGAAGUCAAGAUGAAGGUGGGAUUUGGAAAGAAGACAACAGAAUCAAGCUGUGUAUGUGUGUUGAUGUAAGGAAGUAAUGUUAUCAAGCUUUCUUGUAAAAUUGGAAAAAAAAAAUCCUGUUACCAGCAGACACAAUCAACCGUUCUGCUUCUUCCAUGCUCUGUGCUCAAAAAAAAAAAAAAGACCAUAGAGGAUCAGAAGUUCUAGAAGAGGAGAAUUUACUGGGCAAGCACAUAAUAAACCCAACAGAUCUGAGAAAAUGUAGAGUCCUUUACUUAUUUGUUAAACUUUCAUAGUAAGGGGUUUAUUUUUAUUUUUUUUUUAAAAAAAUGAUGUGCUUAUUCACUACUUCUACCCCUUCUGUUUGCAUAAAUAAAAGAAGAACUCAGACAAUUGCUGCCUUAGUGGCCAUCCGUUGAUGCUGUAACAGUCCGUGAGGCUUCCCGUUUUGUCAGGUUUAUCCUUGUCUCUUGCUGAGAUUGUGGAUGUUAAAAGGGAGGUCAGCCUGUCCUAUAUUUACUAUGCAGUUUGAUGUUUUGCACAUCACUUUUUGUUGGUUUGUAUGCAUAAUUCAAUGUACAUUCGAGUGUGCAUAGACAUGCACAUGCAGACACGCACAUCUACUGUGUGUGCCUCUCUGUGUGCAGAUACGUAUGUGUAUAUGUGCAUGUGUGUGCAUACCCAUAUGUGUAUGUCUCCCUAUGUAUGUGUACACAUACACAGACACACAUACAAAGCAAGACUUCGAGCCAAGAUUCAAUGAUCCACUACUGCAUGAGGUAUCUUGAUUCUUCGUGCAGAGCAAUGUAUAUCUCAGCUAAAUGUCUUAUACAAAGAAAAUGAUCCUGGCCUUGGAGAAAUUGCAGAUGAAUGGAGAAGCCUACAAGCCUACUUGGCUCCUUCUGCACAUACUUUGAUGUGCAUAAAGCUGCAUGAGUGUUUCUUUUCCCCAGCUCAGAAAACCUAGGAUGCUGACUCACCACUGCACUGCCCUUGAUGAAUCAACUCUUUGGGGAAAAUAUGUGGCAUUUUCCAUUGCUCUUGAUAUUCAAUGUGCAACUGAAGGCCGUUUCCUCAUACCUCUUAAGUGAACUGUCCUAUCCAUGCUCUAACGCAGCAUGCAGAAGCAGCAUGCAGAAGUAUAACUCUGUGAAUAUUUUAUAUUUCACAAAAAUGUCAACCUGAAAUGUCUCAGUCUGUAGCAAAUAUAAAACCAAUGUUAUUAUUUACCGUAUGCAAGCUUCCUGCUUAUGCAGCAAAUGAGGCAUAACAGCACUGAACUGCUUUUCCAAGAAAAGAGAUAGGACCGUACGUAACACUUUUUUUUCUUUAAAAACAAAUUAUGGAAGUAGGAAGAGAAAUAGGAUUAAAUUAUUCUCCAAUGGAAUGUCUUGCCAAGAUGUAUCUAAAAACUCCUUCAAACAAGUGAAUUGACUAUGGUGAUACUCAACUUCCAGAACCAGGCAACAAUAACACUUAGAAGGUGUUAAAGAAGUGAUUGUCACAACAAUUGUUUAUUAACUGCUUUUCCUAGGUUUUUUUAAAUGAGGAAGAGUAUGAAACACCAGACUAAAAUAUGUGUGCGAGAUUUACUUAUAUGCGAAACACUCCAAA